AUGCAUUAACCAUCAAUAUAAUCUCUAGAGUGUAGAGACACUUUAGCUAUGAGCACUUGUUUUAUAUAAUUUUUUAAUUUCGAAGGAGUUAUACAUAUUUAAAAAUUAAUAGAUAUAAAUUUUUUAUUGUGUUAGGAGAUCACAUAUGAUCUUUCCAUUUUUUUGAAAGUGUUAAUUUUUAUUUUCAAAAUCUAAUAAAAAACUAUUUUAAUAAACUGUCCACAUCUAAACACAAGAUAAACUUACAACACGUUGCUAUUUCUGAUGUCUCAACUUUGUUAACCCUUUAUAGAUACCUAAUAGGAAUUUUUUGUAUUAGUUUUAAGGAUAAAUGGAGAGUCUAAUUCGAAUUAAAGAUCUCUUAAUAUUAGGAUGAGAUUAAGAAAUUUUUAAAUGUUGAAAAGAGACGGAAGCUAAGUUUAUUAAAUAAGAGGAAAUUAGAAGUAUAACUUUGAUAUUACGAAUUAGUAUGGCCUUAUAACAAUGA